AUGCUGGCCUUCGAGGAACAAGCACGGAUGUUGUCUCAAUUGCAGCAGCAGCAGCAGCAACAACAACAACAACAACAUUCCCCCGUAAAAGUGAACAAUGAGACGCUGGCAUUCGAGGAACAAGCACGCAUGUUGUCCCAAAUGCAGCUGCAACAGCCACAACAGGCCCCUGUAAAAGUGAACAACAACACACUGGCCUUUGAGGAACAAGUGCGUGUGUUGACCCAAAUGCAGCUGCAGCAACCACAACAUGCCCCCGUAAAAGUGAACAAUGAGACACUGGCGGUCGAGGAACAAGCACGCAUGUUGUCCCAAAUGCAGCAAUCACAACCACAACAUACCCCUGUAAAAGUGAAUAACAACACACCGGCCUUUGAGGAACAAGCACGCAUGUUGUCCCAAAUGCAGCUGCAGCAACCACAACCACAUCCUACGAAAAUGCAACAUAGCGACAAUGACGAACAGGCACAUGCCAUUUUGGAACAGGAAAAACUGUGGCGUGAACUCAGCGCCAGUCGCCGAUCCGUCGAAACGGACACCACCAGCGCCACUUCCAGUGUGGCAUCGUCGCCUGUGCUGUCUCCCAGAGAAGAGCAAGCACGGCUCUGGGAAAAGAUUCAAUUGGAACACAGCCAAGCGUCGCUCAUGGGACAUUCGUCGUUUCAUCGGAUGGAUCCAAGCAACCUGUCGUCGUAUGAACGAGGAUAUGCUUCCAUGAGUAACAUUUCCUCUCCGAUUGAAGAGCAAGCGCGACUGUUGGAAUCAUUUCAACGAUCCAGGAGUCCAGCCGUCACCACCACUAGCGGCAACAACUCGCUUUCGGGGACCUCGCAAGGGCAAGAACGAAUGCUGCGAGCCAUUACAUCGCCGUCUCAUCCAAACUCUCGAGGGUCGAGCCAAUCACCACCCACUCGGGAGGAACCCGUCUGCCCUCUCCAGGAGCAAGCCAACAGGUUGCGAGAAAUCCAAGAUGAAAAAGAAAAACGCAUUGUCGAAAUGGCGUGCCAAAUAUCGUCUCGUGCGUUGGCUUUACCACCAUCUCCAUCACCAGAUGAAGAAAUGUCGCUCGAGUUGGUCAUGGAACUGUCUCGUCAAGAGGCCGAAGAAGCCCAAGCCAAGGCAGAGUUGGCGGACGAGCAAGCCUUGCAAGUGGCACUCUCGCAUUCGCGGGGAGAGACAAUGCUCGUGGGUCCUCCUGCGGCGACUGUGACAGCAGAGGUAGUGGUGGAAAAUGCUCCCGUCGUGGCCUCGUUGGUCGUCGAUGGCACGUUGGUGGAAGAGGAUCAGCAGCAGCAACAACCACAACAAGGCGAUCUGGCGCUCCAAAGGAGCAUGGCUGAACUGGCGUGCCAAAACUCGGAUCCGUCGCUGGGGGAACAGCGGAAGCAGCCUACCUCACGCUUAUCGUUUCCUACCCCCACCAAUCGAAAGCCUCGUCGUCGGCUGCUGGCAUUGCCUCGUUUCAUCGUUGGGAAAAAGUGAGAGUAUGCAUAGCUUGUUCAUCGCAAAGUUGCCAGUGUCAAUGUCGUUUGCUAGCUAGAGAACUAAACCUGUGGAAACAAAUAUUAGAUAAAGAACGAUAUAGCUAGAUCGUACUACAUGUCUCAAAAUGCCAUCACCG